AUGGGAAAGGCUGUCAUCCUCGCCGUCUCCGUCGUCAUGCUCGUGGCCAUCGUCGCCACCGUCGGAGUCUUAACCAUUUCCGGCCACCACAGCGGCUCCGAGUCAGCACAACUUCAAAUGGCCGAGAUUUCCACCUCGCAGAAGAACAUCCGAGAAUUCUGCCGCCCCACCGACUACCAGCGGACGUGCGAGACCACGUUGGCCUCUGUCGCCGGCGACGACGCCCGGCCGGAGGAUCUCAUCAACUUGGCCUUCAACCUCACUGUCAACCACAUCAGGCAAGCCUUGCACCAUUCUUCGGUGCUGCGGGAGGCCGCCAGGGAUCCUCGCACCUCCGAGGCGCUCGCGAACUGCCGCGAGCUCCUCGACUACGCCGUCGACGACCUCCGGAGCUCCGUCGGUCGCUUCGACAGCUUCUCCUUGGACAAGAUGGACAAAUUCAUCGACGACCUGAAGGUGUGGAUCAGCGCCGCCAUCACCUACCAGGAGACCUGCCUGGACGGGUUUGAGGGUGCCAACACGGACGCCGCGGCGUCCAUGCGCAAGGCGCUCAACAUCUCCGCCGAGCUGACCAGCAACAUCCUCGCCGUCGUCACCUACUUCGGAGACACUCUAGACAAGCUCGACCUCGAUGGCUUCGGCCGAAAGCUCCUGGCCGACGACGACGGCGAAUUAAUAUUAUACCCUUCGUGGGUGUCUUCCGGCAAUCGGAGGCUCCUCCAGCUGAGCCCGGCGGAGCUCAAGCCCGACGUUACGGUGGCCCAGGACGGCUCCGGCGACUUCAAGACCAUAGGCGAGGCAAUCCUCCACGUCCCGAAGAAGAGCUACAAGAAAGUCGUCAUCUACAUCAAGGAAGGUGUUUACCGGGAGCAGGUCCAUGUCAACCGGAGCCACACCAACCUAAUGAUGGUCGGCGACGGGCCCACCAAGACAAAGAUCACCGGAAGCCUCAACUACGUCGACGGCGUCUCCACAUACAAAACCGCCACAGUCGCCGUCGUCGGAAAUGGAUUCAUCGCAAAGGACCUGUGGAUCGAGAACUCGGCGGGGCCGGAGAAGCACCAGGCGGUGGCGCUGCGGGUGCAGUCCGACAAGUCGGUGUUUUUCAACGUGCGGUUGGACGGGUACCAGGACACUCUCUACGUCCACACCCAGCGUCAGUUCUACCGGGACUGCACCAUCACCGGCACCAUCGACUUCAUCUUCGGCGACGCGGCCUCCAUUCUCCAGAACUGCUUGAUCCUGGCGCGGAAGCCGUUGGACAACCAGAAAAACAUCGUGACGGCACAGGGACGCAAGGACAGGCGGUGCGCCGGCGCCAUCAUCCUCCACGACUGCACCGUCAGCGCCGACCCCGUCUACUUCCCCUUCCGCCAUCGGAUCCCCACCUUCUUGGGACGGCCGUGGAAGGAAUACUCCCGGACCAUCGUGAUGCAGUCGCAGCUAGACGACCUGAUCAGCCCCCAGGGGUGGCUGCCAUGGCUAGGCGACUUCGGCCUCAGAACCUGCUUCUACGCCGAGAUUGACAACCGUGGGCCCGGCUCCGAUAAGAGCCAGAGAGUCAAAUGGAGAGGGAUCAAGAACAUCGAUCUCAACCACGCGCACAAGUACACCGUCGAGCAGUUCAUUAAGGGAAACGCAUGGCUGCCGCAAACCGGCCUGCCCUUCGUCCCCGGCCUUCUCAGUCCCAUGGAACCAGGCAGGAUCCAUUAG